AGUUUGAACAGGAUGUGGAACUGUUAGUUCAAACUAAUUUGCAGUCGGACUGUUAUUCCAGGUGGAACGCUAAAAUAGACGCUGACGCACUAGGCUCGAUUUCCUUCGGUCUUUUAAAUGUCCGCGACCGAAAAGUUAUCGUGGCGAUAAAAUUUCGGCGCACACAUGCACAUUCCUUCGACAAUGGUGUAAUGUGAAUAAAUAAGGAUGGAUGAAAGUUCCUCCGAGCAACCCGGUCCAUCACUCCCCUUCCCCACUCUGCGGUUCCUGGUUCCGCCGAUUCGUCUGGUGUCUGCGGCCAUCUGGCAGACGAUAGACCACAAACAAGUAUCGGAUUAUGGGAUGCUUGAGGAGUUUGUGUUUUCGGUCACUGAAGUUGUGCCUCAACUCCUUUCAACUAGGCAACGGGCAGAACUCAUUUUAGGUUUAAGAGCACGGCUCAUUCUGGAGCUUUUCCGCUCUGAGGAGACAGCCAACAUAGAGACCAUUCAGCCGCACCUUGACCGUAUGCAAAAUCUUCAAGCACUGUGGAAAAUAGAGCAAAGUGAUGUGACUGGGAAUGCAGAAGCAGACAUUUCAGAGUCUCAUUUUAUGAUCCUUGUACGAAAUCUGUUGAGAAAUUCAGAGGAGAGAAAAACCUUUUUUCAAGAUGUUUUUCCGGGAGACUUUGGUCCCACAUAUGACAAAGCAAUCAAGACAUUGAUGUGGCUGUUUCUGUCCAGGCUCGAAAAGCUUUUUCCAAGUCAGUCUCUCCAACAGAUCGCCUCAUUGCUAAGUGAUUCCUCUACAGUUCUCAAAGAUUGUAUGGAGUCUUUCACCCAAUCUGAGGGACUCAAAACUGCAUUGGACACUCACAAAGACCUCGGCCAACUGGAGGAUGUUGAACCUUGUGAGGUCGAUAGCGCCAUUUUGUCUGCACUUUGCCUCCCUCCCGGGGAACAAGAAGUCGUCGUCAAUGAGCAAGCUGGAACGAAUACAGAGAAUGUCGUGGUUUAUACAGACUGCACAGAGAUGGAAGUCGAGUCUGGCAACAAAAUGCCAUUGUCCGAGACAAACGAGGAAAAACCGUGGUCGGGACCUGGUGAAGAAGAAAAGCCAGAUGAUGGUAAUGCUCCGGAAAGCACGGCUGUGGAUAAUUGUGAAGUAGAACACCAUGACAGCCUAUCCGAAACUCUAAUCAUUGGGGAGGACGGAAAAGUGACGGUGCUCGACAGCUUGGUAAAGACACCGACCAGACGCGGGAGGAAAAAGAAGCGUCUUGACGACGAAGAUUUUCAAAUGCCGGCAAGCGCCGAGGAUCCAGACUUCGAGUUGCUGAAAAGACCGGUGCGAAAGAAUCGCGGCCUCAAAAUGAAGCGACUCCUUUCGCAAUGGAGAAAAUCUGGACGGUCACCGUCCACCGGCAGUGCUAACAAUAGUGAAAAACCAUUUCCGGGCUCCCUCGACUUGGAAAAAAGCGACGACUUAGACGAUAGAACGUGCAACGUGUGCGGCAAGGUGGUGAGCCACGUCAAAUUCAUGGAGCGCCACAUGAGUCAACAUACGGAAGAACUGACUUACUCUUGCACAGUGUGUCAAAGAAGUUUCAAGAAUUUACACUUCUUACAGAAACAUAAGUGCCAAAGCGAGACGGAAACCCCGAAGGACGACGCGGAAACAGCCGGAGACGAGGACGAUAAGUCAUCCAUUCUAAUCCCGGAGCCGGGCAACGAAGUCGUGUCGCAAGACAGUACCGCGGACGACCCCGAUUACUCGCCCGCGGGAGAGAAGAAGUCCUCCAAAGAAUCAGGACAGAAAAGCCCAGAGGACAGUAAAAAUAUCUUGGACGGACCGUUCUAUUGUCCCCACUGCAGCGUGGAGUUCAAGUGCAAGCAGACGUUUCGCUUUCAUUUAAGAAACAUCUGUUACAACGAGCAACAGGUGGAUCCGGAUCAACCCGAAGACAUCAGGCAUUGCUUCCGGUGCAACGAAUGCGACAAGGCUUUCAAGUAUAAAUCCACCUUGGAUUCCCACAAACAAACGCACAACCCGCUCUACUGCGAGGUCUGUAUGAAAUUGGUGCGCGACUCCGACGCGUUGGCCAUGCAUAAAGAAUCGCACACGCCGUUCCAGUGCAACCAGUGCGACGACAACUUCCCCGUCUUCAAGGCGCUGCACAAGCACUACAUCGACGUCCACAAUCCCGCCGAGCCGUUCACCUGCACCUACUGCCAGACGACGUUUGCCAGUCUGAAGCGCUUCAUCCGACACGAGUGGAAACACACCGGCUACCAACCGUUUCAGUGUCCCCACUGCAAGAAGAGAUUCCGAUCGUAUUCCGACCUGGUGGAACACCAGAAGAAACACACCAAGGCGUAUCCGUUCCUCUGCUGGGAGUGCGGGAAGAAAUUCCGACACGGAAUCACUCUGACGAGGCACGUCGAACGCGUGCAUCAGUCCGGCGACCCUCAGAGCGAAAAAGCUUUGCCGUCGUUUAACUGCGGCCAGUGCGGGAAGAACUUCUCGUCGAGACGCUGUCUCCUGAAACACGAUAACUUCCAUCACAAAGGCAUGCGCUUCCCUUGCGAGCAUUGCGGAAAGGGUUUCUUCGGGAAAGACGCGCUGGUUAGGCAUACGUUGAUCCAUACGGGCGAAAGGCCGUUCAAAUGCGACGACUGCGACAAGUCUUUCCGAUCUUCGGCCGAACUGAAAAUCCAUCGCAGAUACCACACGGGGGAAAGGCCGUUUAAAUGCGGCAUCUGCGAAAAGGGUUUCGUCCAGUCCUGUUUUCUCACGCUACACAUGCGAACCCAUACUGGGGAGAGACCGUAUGUUUGCGCUGUCUGUAACAAAGCGUUUUCCAGUUUACACGGCCUGAAAAGGCAUCGCAGGCUCGUCCACGCAUAAUCCACUCGGAUGUGGAUUCUACUUUAUUAAAAAGAAAACAGUGGUAAUGUAAGACUUUGUGGCUUGAAAUACGUUGCUUAUGAAUAUUUGAGAAACUACGACAAACGUGGGGUUGAGGUUAGGAAAGAAUAAUAAUGAGCUGUUCUGUGGUUUUCUCAGCAUCAACUAUAAAAGUGUAAAUUGCCCCAAUAUUGUGACUGUAUUUUUUACAGAAAUGUUUGCUGUAGUUCUACAUAAGGUUAGUAUGUACAAAUGAGAUAACAAGAACUUGUCUGGGAAUAAAUUCAUUUUUCUUCAA